CACAUCACGUAAACAGAAACGAUAACUCAAGAACAUUUCAGGAUCUACUUUUAGAGAGAGAGAGAGAGAGACUAUAGAGCGAAUAUUCAAUUUCCUAACUGCCUAUAUAUACACACACAUAGGUAUAGAGAGAGAGAGAGAGAGAGAGAGAGAGAAUCAUCUUUGAUUUCAAUCAGCUGCGAGAUUGCUCCGCCCUCGUCUCCGCAGCCGGGUACGAGAAAGCUUUCUUCCAAUCCGAAAACUAAUUAAAUUCCAUACCAAGAACGAGAACUGGGGAUAUUUUGCUGAUUUCAGUUGUUAGAUUGUAAAAUACCACUAGGGUUUUGUCCAAUUUGGAUUCUUUGAUUGCGAUUGUUAGAUUGCAAAAUAACACUAGGGUGGGGUUCUUGCCCUUUUUUGUUGUUGGGGAUCAAUAAUAAUUUGUAAGUUGAGAACAAAUGAAUGUGGUGGGAAAAGUUGGGAGCUUAAUAUCGCAAGGCGUGUACUCUGUUGCCACCCCGUUCCAUCCCUUUGGUGGUGCCGUCGAUAUAAUUGCUGUCAAGCAGCAGGAUGGCACGUUUCGUAGCACGCCUUGGUACGUGCGGUUCGGUAAAUUUCAGGGUGUUCUUAAAGGGGCCGAAAAGAUGGUUAGGAUAACUGUUAACGGCAUCGAGGCUGAUUUUCAUAUGCAUCUUGACAAUUCAGGAGAGGCAUAUUUUGUCAGGCAGGUGGGUUCUGGUGAAAGUGGGGAUGCAAAAAGGGUUUCGAACGAUUCUGGUAAUUUGAACGUUGCACAAGAAAAUAAUAGCGUUAAUGGAACCAACAGUGUUACUAGUGGAACGAAUAACUCUAACGUUGAAACAGCUAAUGAACAGCUUGAGAGGACAGAAUCCGAUAGCGGAAGGAGGUUCUAUGAAUUUGAAGAUGAACAAUCCUCUCUUGUGGAUUCGGUUGAGCUAUCAGAGUAUGGGUCUAGUCGGUACGAGAGUUUAGAUACCGUGGAACAUUUUGUUGAAUCACAGGGUUUGAGUUCAGAAGUGGUUUUGGUAAGCGUGGAUGGUCACAUACUGACAGCACCCUUCUCCUCAUCAGAAACGAGUGCUGAUAAUUUGCAUAUAAGCACCCCCCAGUUUCGUCUGGGCCCAGGCCAAGAAACUGAAUUUGUUGAGGGCACGGCCGAAUUCAGUGCAGGUGAAGAUGUGUGGGGUGCUGAUAUAUUAAGUGAUUUGGGCACGUCUGCACCUGAAGUUAGUUGCAGUAACACUAGUAAUGCUUCUACGCAUCAGAUGGAAGUUUGUGAAGGAGAUAAGGAGCAUCUUUUUCACUUUCAAGAAAAUGAGAACAUCACAAACAUAGAGCUAGAGCUUUGUGUAGAUAGUAAUCCUAAAACUGCAUCAGCUGGUAUUAGGAGGGAAGAUGUUUUCAAGAGCUGCUUGGAACUACCAGCAUUGGCUCUGCACCAUGGAAAUUCCAACCAACAAGUUGUGGACCCCAUAUUAGAAAUUUGUGAAACUGCAGACAAUUUGGAGUCUCCUUACAGUUGCCAACUUGGCAAUGGAACUAGAGAUGGAGAUGUUGGUGAAUCAAGAAAUGGAGAUGGUUUAACUCACUCUAAUUCAGAUCCACAGGUUGAAGUUGAACUCAUUGAGGAAAGAACAAGUUCAAGUUAUAUGGGUGUUGAUAACGUCGCCAUUGAUUCUGUUUGCACCGAUCAGAAACUAAAGGAGCCGGUUGACAAGGCCUUGGAAGUUGAAGGUGUACAAUGUAGCCCGCAAGGGUCUGCUCCUGAAGGUGAAUGCAGCAAUAGUGAGGUUGUGGAAGGGGAAACACAUACAGCAACUUCCGGUGAUGAGAUCAGAACUGAUUCGAGGAUUGAGCUAUCUCUUUGUGGCAACUUGCUUCAUGCUGGUAUGGGUUUGAAUGCGGCUGCUGAAGUGUUUAAUUCACAUCGCAUAUCUGAGGGGGCAUUCAAAACUUCUGCAGCAUCAAUUGCCAAGAAUGAAAACUUAGUUGUCAGAUUUCAAGACAGGUACUUGUCAUGGGAUAAAGCUGCUCCAAUAGUUCUUGGAUUUGCUGCAUAUGGGUUAGAUUUACCUGUUGAUCCCAAAGAUGCAAUUCCUGUGGGGCAAGAUGGUUCUAGUGUCACUUCCACUCCUUCUGGGCGCAGAUGGAGGCUGUGGCCCAGUCCAUUUAGAAGGGUCAAAACACUUGAGCACACUACCAGUAACGCAUCUAGUGAAGAGGUGUUUGUUGAUUCUGAGUCUGGGUCACAGAAUCAACCUUUUGAACAAGCUCCUCCAACACCUACCGGUGGAAGUGAAUCCCCGCACAAGCAACUUGUGAGGACAAACGUCCCCACUACAGAGCAAAUAGCAUCAUUAAAUUUGCAAGAAGGACAAAAUAUGGUGACUUUCAGUUUCUCUACCAGAGUCUUGGGAACACAACAGGUUGAUGCUCAUAUUUACUUGUGGAAGUGGAAUGCACGAAUUGUGAUUUCAGAUGUUGAUGGGACGAUUACCAAGUCUGAUGUUCUUGGUCAGUUCAUGCCUUUGGUUGGAAAGGAUUGGACACAGUCUGGGGUAGCUCGGCUUUUCUCUGCAAUUAAGGAGAACGGGUAUCAGCUGCUUUUCUUGAGUGCGCGUGCAAUUGUUCAAGCAUAUCUAACUAGAAGUUUUCUACUCAAUCUCAAACAGGAUGGAAAAGCUUUACCCAGUGGUCCUGUUGUUAUUUCACCCGAUGGUCUGUUUCCCUCACUGUUCCGAGAAGUGAUAAGGAGAGCACCUCAUGAGUUCAAGAUCGCGUGUUUAGAGGAUAUUAAGGCACUCUUUCCUCCUGAGUACAAUCCAUUCUAUGCGGGAUUCGGAAACAGAGACACUGAUGAACUCAGUUACAGGAAAAUUGGUAUCCCCAAGGGCAAAAUCUUUAUCAUUAAUCCUAAGGGUGAGGUGGCCAUCAGUCAUCGCAUUGAUGUGAAGUCAUAUACCUCUUUACACACACUGGUUAAUGACAUGUUCCCACCAACAUCAAUGGUUGAGCAGGAAGAUUUCAAUUCAUGGAAUUACUGGAGAAUGCCAUUGCCAGAUGUUGAGUGAGGAGCUCUUCCUUGGAAUUGCUUUGGUUGUAGGUAGGGUGUAAACUGGCUUGGAAUGUCAUACUGCAUUCAUUUCCAGCAUCACUACAAUUUUUUCCCAAAAUUCAUCCGAGUAGAGGCUGCUCAGUGGCCCAUUUUUUACCGGCGCUGAUGUAAAGUUUGUAAACAUAAUUGAGCGUAUACUCGAGAUAGACCAUACAACUUUCUUAGUGAAUUAAGUUAUCAUGACGAAGUGUCCAAGUCGUGCUUUCUCUCUA